UGUUGGGGAGGGCGGGGUGUUUGAUCUGCUGGUGCUGGAUACGGCGGCUAGAGGUGUGAAGCAAAACUUCGAGUGCAGAGAGUGCAAGUCCAGUAAAAUAUUGGGCAUCAGGUGGAUGUGUACUGAGUGCUGUGAUUUCGACCUGUGUACUGAGUGCUACAUGGCAGACAAGCACGAUCUGACCCAUGAGUUUCUGAGGAUUGACGGGCCGACGCUCAAGAGGGUACUUGUACCGAAACGGUGUGACAGCCAAGACAAUAAAGUGGAAGUUAAAGGAAUGUUUCUUGGUGCUAAGGUGGUUCGUGGUCAAGAUUGGAAGUGGGGAGAUCAAGAUGGUGAGAGCGGGAAGCAAGGACAGGUGGUGGAGAGAAGACACUACGCCACCGACUCCUACAGGAGUGCUGUCAAGGUGCUGUGGACAGCCGGGCCGGACAGCAUCUGUCGUGUCGGACACAACGGCAAGGUGGAUCUCAAAUGUGUGAAGCCGACUUCCGGUGGAUGCUACUAUAAAAGUCAUCUCCAGGUUUUAGGUAAAAAGACUGAGCCCUAUUUUAAAAAAGGGGACAAGGUCAAGUGUUUCAGGAACCUGGAGAAUCUGCUUCGGCUACAGGACAAGAGGUUUAAGUGGAUGGAUAGCGCUGCCAAGGUUAGAUCAGUUUAACUUUAUGGCUUCUCCACACAUUAGUGUACAUCGUGAUGGACAGCGCAGCUAAGGUUAGAU